AUGGACGCAGCAAAGACCGCAGAGUCGGCCAAGGGCCAGAAGGGCCUGAAGCAACGGAAAUCUUUUCUUAACACAACGGAGCAAAGCACGACAGAGGAAGUAGACGUCGGCUUAGAGGAACUGGUCGUUCCUGUCCAGAGCAUCGAGAUGCAGCGGUCACAAUCAGGGCAGUUUUCCCUGAAGUCAAAGGCGUCAACCUCUUCUUUGGCCACCGAGACCAGCAUGACGAAGGAGACAGUCGGGAGCAGAAAUAUCCUUGGUCAGCCAGCCAACUUUGGCACCGUGGCGCCCGGAAUCUACAGAAGCAGCUAUCCUCAGGAGGCCGACUACGCCUUUCUCCAGAAGCUGAGGUUGAAGACCAUCGUCACGCUUGUGGAUAAGGAACUCCCUGAGACGUUUCUCCCAUUUAUGAAGGCCAACAGCAUUCAGCAUCGCCACAUCACCAUGCAGGGCACCAAGAAGGAGACCAUCCCCAUCCAGACAAUGUCGGCCAUUCUUCAGGUCGUCCAUGACAAGCGCAAUCACCCUCUCCUGAUCCACUGCAACCAUGGCAGACACCGAACUGGAUGUGUCGUGGCUCUCGUGCGCAAAAUCCAAAAAUGGGACUCGGAGCGCGUGCUAGACGAGUACAGGGCCUACGCAUCGCCAAAAAUCCGGGAUUGUGAUGUCGAGUACAUCACCAAGUUCCAGACCAACGAGGUCCAGCAUCUAGCUCUGGCACCUCUUGCCGAAUCAUUCCCAGGUCAACAUGCGUUGGACGCCCGUCGAAUCCGGUUCUUCCUGGCUUCAUUUUUAACCAUUUUCAUCUGGUGGACCACAUUACGAUUCUUCCGACGAGACGUCAACCAGCGCGAUGCGGUCUUGGGUCUUUAA